AUGGGGUCAUACGAGAUCGGUCAGAACGUUGGUUUCUUCAUGAUGGACAACGCAAGUAGUAACGACACUUGCAUUCGAGAGCUGGCGAAGCGCUAUCCUGUCAUCAAGCCUCAGAGUCGCCUGCGCUGCGUCGGCCAUAUGCUCAACCUAAUCGUCAAAGCCCUUCUCUUUGGGCAGGGUGUCGGCAAGUUGGAGAAACAGCUUUGCGGCGCGUCUGAAGUGGAGCGUUUUGAAAUCUGGAGAAAGCAUAGCUUCAGGGCGGUCAAGCUCCGUCAUGCGAUUGAUCUGUUCUUCCUCAACUAUUGCUACGGUGGCGUAGGGUACGACAUUUCGCAAGACGUACUAACCCUACAAGAUUGGAUUGACUUGCACCAUUUUCUCGACAUCUUGAAGCCUUUCAAAGAUCUGACAAAACGCAUGGAGGGCCGAGCCAAUAAAGCUGGCCUGGAAGGAUCACAUGGCUCCCUUCAUGAAACAAUUGAAUCAUUCGAUGUCCUCUUCAAAAAGCUCCAAGAGGCCGGAAGAUUUGCCGAUGACCAUCCCGACGUGGUUUCAACGUAUUAUUCCCACGCAAUCGAUGCUGCUCGCAUCAAGCUAGAAGAGUACUUUGGCCUUACCGAUGCCACCCCAGCUUAUCGUGAGGCAAAGAGCGUGGUUCAAGAAGUUUUCGCAGAAUACGAAGACGCAUACAUGGAAGCGGACGCUGCGGACCAUGAGGAGGCUUCGUCGCUGGCCCUAGGAGAAGUCGUCGCUGAUAAGGCUGGCGAUGAUCUCGUCGCCCUUGACCCACUCCAGGAAGCUCGCAAACGCCGACAGAUGCUGGCUGAGCUUGCGGCGUCCGGCAAGGAAGGAGGAAAGAGCGAGACUAACUUCUGA